UACCGUGCUUUGGACCACUCCAAGGGGUCGCCUCGCAGCCCAAAGAAGAAGGAGGAGGAGCAGGAGCAGGAGCACUGUCAUGGCGGCCAAGUUGGUGUUAGUGGCCGUCCCGACGGUGCUGGGUAUAGCCUCCAUCCGGGUGUAUACUGUAAGUGAAGCUCACAGAGAUGGGCUCAUAACCAGAGAAAAGUUGAACAUCUACACCCCCCUGCCACAGUCUGCCCCGGCUCAGUUUGUUCCAGAGAGGCCGGGCUUAAUUCAGAGAGGGUUGACUACAGCGAGAGAGAGCAUACGGCCAUUUGUCCAGACUGUUCAGGGGGCGUGUGUAUCUGUGAAAACAGGAAGUGUUAAUCUAUACCAUACAGGAGAAGAUUUGUUUUAUUACUUAAAAGACCCUCCCCCGGGAUUCCUUCCAAGAUUUGGCACCAUCACCAUGGCUGGUCUGCUCGGCAUGUUCUUGGCACGGAAAGGCUCUCGUUUUAAGAGGGUAGCUGUUCCGACGGGCCUGAUGACUGCAGGAGUUUCAGUGUGCUACCCGGCUCAUGCUGUGGCUGUGCUGAAGGUGACAGGUAAGAAGGUGUACGCUGCGGGGCAGUGGAGCAGCGCUGCGGUGUCUUCACUGCUCACCUCGAAGCCUCAGGAGCCCGUCGUUAUAGAAGAUGCUGCCUCUCAACCACAGGCAGCUCCAGUGCCAAAUCCAGAGUCUGCUGUAGUCCAUGAGGCUUCAGAGGCCAGCUCAGUCCAGAGCCCUUCAAUUCCUGAGAUAGAGGUGGAAUCAGCUGAGUCUGUUCCUGUCUCAGAAGAGCUCAUUGUAGCUGUUGUAAAAGACGAGGUGUCAUCAGUCACACUCACAGAGAUAUCACCGGACCAGAUCCCUUCAGAGGCCACUACAGAUCCAGUGGCACAUUCAGCGCCAGCAGAGACAGAUACCACCAAAGCCUCAGAGGAAUUACCUGCACCUGUUGAAAAUGAGCCCUCUGGCACAAAGGAAGCAACUGAGGAUGUAUCCCCCGAUAUCAGUCUAGCUGAGCCAACACCAAGCGUAGAAUCUGUAGAGGCUUCUCCAGCGGAGUGUCUGCCAAUAGAGUCUGCACCGGUUGAGUCUAGACCAGUAGAGUCUGCUCCAGAAGAGUCUGCUCCUGUAGUGCCUGCUCCAGUAGAACCAGCUGCAGUAGAGUCUGCUCCAGUAGAACCAGCUGCGGUAGAGUCUGCUCCAGUAGAACCAGCUGCGGUAGAGUCUGCUCCAGUAGAACCAGCUGCAGUAGAGUCUGCUCCAGUAGAACCAGCUGCAGUAGAGUCUGCUCCAGUAGAACCAGCUGCGGUAGAGUCUGCUCCAGUAGAACCAGCUGCGGUAGAGUCUGCUCCAGUAGAACCAGCUGCGGUAGAGUCUGCUCCAGUCGAGAAGUCAAUAGUGCCAGUUGUUGAAUCAUCUGACCCCAGACCUGCUGCCGUAGAAGAGACACCAACACUUACACCACCCGAGCCUCUGCAGCCUGCAGCAGAAAACAACCAAGGGGGCUCUGGUUUCAAGCCUGACCCUUCUCUGAUGGACUUCGGCCAGUCCAGCCCAGAUGAUGAAGACCUGUACAGCACACGCAGCUGAGUGACCACAGCCGACCUCAGUGAGCGAGUCUCAUUCCCACACUGCCAUGUUGUCAAUCAUGCAGAUAAAAAACACUUUGUAUCAUAGCGCAGUAUAAAAAAGGCCAUUUUGGAAGAGAGCCGGCUCAGGAAGUCUUUCAUGAACAUUUCCGUUUUCAUUUCUUCUGCCCACAUUAUUCUACUUUCCACUCAUAAGCUCCAAAUGCAUUCGCCUCAUACCGGCAAUGAAAUUAAUUCAAUUACACAGAACUCAGUCGGGUUGCGUAGAAGGAGAGAAACUUGGAAAAGAAACUACUCCCACUACAAGCCUUUCACAGAUGGUAGAUUGUGAAACUCUUCCUGUGUUUGUCUCAUUUACUGGAUUUUGUGCUACAGCCUUUACGAUCAUGAAUGCAUGGUGCUUUUAUUUAUUCUUCUUAGCCCACUGCAUAGUUAAGUUAAUGAUACAGCACAUGUGCUGGGGAUGAUUACAGGGUGCUGCUUCAUUGUGUUUCAUCAAACAUGUUCCUCAGUUGUUCAAAACCAAAAAUAAAUUUAUAUUUUCAUGA